AUCUGCCCCUAGUAUUGAAACAAACAACUUACAAAAUGUUAACUCGAAUAGAUGGGCUUUCAGGAAAAAACAUCAAUCCUGCGCAUCCAAGCCUCGAGCGGAACAUCUGCCGUAUUACAGCACCUUCAGGGACAUCCCCAUCUUCACGAUUCUCACCCCAGUGGAGAGCAUACCGCCGAUGGAGCUACCUAAGAUUACAGCGACUGUCCCUUGAUAUUGAAUUGCGUACGGUCAUCAGAUGAUUUCCAUGCCCGUACCUGUCAGCACUGCGAGGCACCAUUCUUGGCAGGGAUACACAAGGGAUGGCUAUCUGCAUACCUUGCGCCAUCGCUAAACGAUCCAGCAUAACAGAACAACAGAUCCGCCGAACUAGUUGACUGCUCAACUGAAAUGCAUAUGGUGUAUCACUAAGACGGCUCCGCUGGGAGACGAUCAUGAUGUCUCGAGCAAGCACGAACUGUCAACGAUUGACUCUCGCCUUCUUAUUGUUAUCGCGAAUGAGAGCCCUCGCUAUGAGGUAUGAAGGGUCCAAGCUCCUUCCAAGCAGCAAGGCGUAAGACCAAUAAGAUGGCUUCCAAGGGCCCCUCCAACAAAAACCCACCGGGGUACGUGGACACACCCUACUCCGCCCUUGGGCAACGUGACCCAGGACGCGAAACUUCUCGACGCGAUAUAAGAAUGUGAUGGGAUCACAGUGGCUGCCCUGCGCGUGCCCCCGCUUGUUGGCACUUAAUAUAUUGAACGCACCCACGGGUCUUGAGGGCGGCUUAACUCUCCGUCGACAACAGCCCAGUGCCUGAAAAUGCAGGGUUCUACAAUCUUUCUGGCUUUCGCCUCAUGGGCGAGCCAGGUUGCUGCCAUUGCGCAGCCCAUACAGAAGCACGAGCCCGGAUCUCUGCACGGGCCCCAAGCCAUAGAAUCGUUCUCAGAACCGUUCUACCCGUCGCCCUGGAUGAAUCCUCACGCCGAGGGCUGGGAGGCCGCAUAUCAGAAAGCUCAAGAUUUUGUCUCGCAACUCACUAUCUUGGAGAAAAUAAAUCUGACCACCGGUGUUGGCUGGGAAAAUGGGCCGUGUGUAGGAAACACUGGAUCAAUUCCUCGUCUCGGAUUCAAAGGAUUUUGUACCCAGGAUUCACCACAGGGUGUUCGGUUCGCAGAUUAUUCCUCCGCUUUCACAUCUAGCCAAAUGGCCGCCGCAACAUUUGACCGCUCAAUUCUUUAUCAACGAGGCCAAGCCAUGGCACAGGAACACAAGGCUAAGGGUAUCACAAUUCAAUUGGGCCCUGUUGCCGGCCCUCUUGGUCGCAUCCCCGAGGGCGGCCGCAACUGGGAAGGAUUCUCCCCUGAUCCUGUCUUGACCGGUAUAGCCAUGGCUGAGACAAUCAAGGGCAUGCAGGAUACUGGAGUGAUUGCUUGCGCUAAACAUUAUAUUGGAAACGAGCAGGAGCACUUCCGUCAAGUGGGUGAAGCUGCGGGUCACGGAUACACUAUUUCCGAUACUAUUUCAUCAAAUAUCGACGACCGUGCUAUGCAUGAGCUAUACUUGUGGCCAUUUGCUGAUGCCGUUCGCGCUGGUGUGGGUUCUUUCAUGUGCUCAUACUCUCAGAUCAACAACUCCUACGGAUGCCAAAACAGUCAGACUCUCAACAAGCUCCUCAAGAGCGAAUUGGGCUUCCAAGGCUUUGUCAUGAGCGAUUGGGGUGCUCACCACUCUGGAGUGUCAUCGGCGCUAGCUGGACUUGAUAUGAGUAUGCCGGGUGAUACCGAAUUUGAUUCUGGCUUGAGCUUCUGGGGCUCCAACCUCACCAUUGCAAUUUUGAAUGGCACAGUUCCCGAAUGGCGCCUGGAUGACAUGGCGAUGCGAAUUAUGGCUGCAUACUUCAAAGUUGGCCUUACUAUUGAGGAUCAACCAGAUGUCAACUUCAAUGCCUGGACCCAUGACACCUACGGAUAUAAAUAUGCUUAUAGCAAGGAAGAUUACGAGCAGGUCAACUGGCAUGUCGAUGUUCGCAGCGACCACAAUAUGCUCAUUCGCGAGACUGCCGCGAAGGGUACAGUUCUGCUGAAAAAUAACUUUCAUGCUCUCCCUCUGAAGCAGCCCAAGUUCGUGGCCGUCGUUGGCCAGGAUGCUGGGCCAAACCCCAAGGGCCCUAACGGCUGCGCAGACCGAGGAUGUGACCAAGGCACUCUCGCAAUGGGAUGGGGUUCAGGGUCUACCGAGUUCCCUUACUUGGUCACUCCUGACACUGCUAUUCAGUCAAAGGUUCUCGAAUACGGGGGUCGGUACGAGAGUAUUUUUGAUAACUAUGACGACAAUGCUAUCUUGUCGCUUGUCUCACAGCCUGAUGCAACCUGUAUCGUGUUUGCAAAUGCCGAUUCUGGUGAAGGCUACAUCACUGUCGACAAUAACUGGGGUGACCGCAACAACCUGACCCUCUGGCAAAAUGCCGAUCAAGUGAUUAGCACCGUCAGCUCGCGGUGCAACAACACAAUCGUUGUUCUCCACUCUGUCGGACCAGUGUUGCUAAAUGGUAUAUAUGAGCACCCGAACAUCACAGCUAUUGUCUGGGCAGGGAUGCCAGGUGAAGAAUCUGGCAAUGCUCUCGUGGAUAUCCUUUGGGGCAAUGUUAACCCUGCCGGCCGCACUCCGUUCACCUGGGCCAAAAGUCGAGAGGACUAUGGCACCGAUAUAAUGUACGAGCCCAACAACGGCCAGCGUGCGCCUCAGCAGGAUUUCACCGAGGGCAUCUUCCUCGACUACCGCCAUUUCGACAAAGCUGGUAUCGAGCCAAUUUACGAAUUUGGAUUCGGCCUCUCCUAUACCACCUUCGAAUACUCUGACCUCCGUGUUGUGAAGAAGUAUGUUCAACCAUACAGUCCCACGACCGGCACCGGUGCUCAAGCACCUUCCAUCGGACAGCCACCUAGCCAGGACCUGAAUACCUACAAGUUCCCUGCUGCAUACAAGUACAUCAAAACCUUCAUUUAUCCCUACCUCAACAGCACUGUCUCCCUCCGCGCUGCCUCCAAGGAUCCCGAAUACGGUCGUACAGACUUUAUCCCACCCCACGCGCGUGAUGGCUCCCCUCAACCUCUCAACCCCGCUGGAGACCCAGUGGCCAGUGGUGGAAACAACAUGCUCUACGAUGAACUUUAUGAGGUCACCGCGCAGAUCAAAAACACUGGCGACGUGGCCGGCGACGAGGUCGUCCAGCUUUACGUAGAUCUCGGGGGUGACAACCCGCCUCGUCAGUUGAGAAACUUUGACAGGUUUUAUCUGCUGCCCGGUCAGAGCUCAACAUUCCGGACUACAUUGACGCGCCGUGAUUUGAGCAACUGGGAUAUCGAGGCGCAAAACUGGCGAGUUACGGAGUCGCCUAAGAGAGUGUAUGUUGGGCGGUCGAGUCGGGAUUUGCCGCUGAGCUCACAAUUGGAGUAA